CACUACAUUCUUUUUCUGUUUUAGAUGUCGAAUAGUAAUCAUCCUCUCUCUUAAAUGCAGAAUUAUGGUUGGUUUACCAUCAACAGAGAAUAGGGAGUUGAUCUUGAAGACAUUGUUGGCCAAAGAGAAAGUUGAUGACGGAUUGGACUUCAAGGAGCUGGCAACAAUGACUGAAGGAUACUCUGGAAGUGAUCUCAAGAAUCUGUGCACUACUGCUGCAUACCGGCCAGUUAGAGAGUUGAUACAGCAAGAAAGACUCAAAGACCUUGAGAAGAAGCGGAGAGCUGAGGAAGCUAAGAGAGCUGGAGUUGCUCCGCCUGCAGAUGAAGAUACAGAGGAUAAGGUGAUCACUAUCCGGCCUUUGAAUAUGGAAGACUUCAAACAAGCCAAAAAUCAGGUUGCAGCUAGCUUUGCGGCUGGAGGAUCAAUAAUGAGUGAACUAAAGCAAUGGAAUGAGUUAUACGGGGAAGGAGGAUCAAGGAAAAAGGAGCAGUUAUCUUACUUCCUGUAGGAUAGAUUUAAUUUCCUCUUCCUGCACCCUUCUCGACGUGCCAAACAUUUGGUUUCUUCAGAAACUCGAAAUGCUAACACAAGAAAGUUGAUGUUAAGAGGUGAUGGUAGUAACUUAGUCUAGCUGACCCUGCUUGCUUUGGAUUUAAUUGUUGUUGUAGGUUUGAAAUUGUUGUUUUGUUGCUUCUGUAAUAUUAACCUGUACACGUCUAAAGGUACUGUAUUGGUUGUUUCCUUUUUAACACCAAAGGAAAAGUAGGAGGAAGAGACUUGAGUAGUCUUUUUCUUUCCCUUAUUUGUAAGGAAACCAACCGCUCGUACCUUUUAUUUACAAUGUAAUGAUACCAGAAAUGGAUUUGAUGUGUGGAUUGAAGGAAUUCUUUAGAUA